AUGGUUAUUGAUCGAAACCAAGGAACGAGAGUGAAUCGAGGGCGAAAUCGUGUUAAAAUGAGACGAUUCAUCAUUGGUGAAAGUCAAUUCUCACCAUUCUGGAGUUUUCAAAAAGACAGAAUACAACUUAGAAUUGUUGAUGGAGAGCUAGUUGUGCUUGAAGUAGAUUCUGGCUGUAUCUUCAUAUCUUCGAUGUCAAAGCUGAUUGAGAGAAGAAUCAUUAUUGGAAAAAUGUGGUUCAAGCUCCCGUAUGAAAGUCUUGAAGAUUGUAAACCUUUGUGGGAAAAAGUGGAGUUUAACAAGAAAAAGUUGGGAAUAAUAGGUCAAUGGUAUAAGGAGGUUGAUCUCUACAUUGAAAAUGAUGUUACGGGAAGAGAAACAAAAGCAAGCAUACCUGAAAAGGAAACAGAACCAAGCAAACCUAAAAAGGAAGUUGAAAAAUGUCAUGAAGAUGCGAUCAUUGAAUAA